AACAAAAUUAGGAAAACUGAAAUGAAAUGAAGAGAGAAUUGGAAAUUCACGUUGUAGGAAAGAGAAGAGGAGGGCUAUUGGGAGCUCUUCUUAUAGUCAAUAUGCUCAUGGCGACCCGUAUGUCACUCUCUUCUUGCUCACUCCUCCUUAAACACACUUGUCCUCCUCCACGCCUCUUUGCCCCUAAACAUUUACGCAAAUCCCAUCCCUGUCCUCUAUGGUCUUCUUCCUUCUCUCUCUGUCUUCAUAAAUCCACCAUCACCACCUCCUCCUCUUCUUCUUCCUUCCCUCCUUCACUCUCAGUCUCUUCUUGCUCUUCUUUCUCUUCUGCGCCAUCAAUGGCGGCCACUUCUGCUUCGGACGACUCCAUCCACUCCAACCCACUUCUCCAAGACUUUGACUUUCCACCAUUCGAUGUUGUUGAAGUCAAGCACGUGCGUCCCGGGAUUCGCUCCCUCUUGAAGAAACUCGAGGAUGAUUUAGUGGAACUGGAGCGCACGGUUGAACCGUCGUGGCCAAAGUUAGUGGAGCCCUUGGAGAAGAUCGUGGACAGAUUGAGUGUGGUUUGGGGGGUAAUCAACCAUCUCAAGGCUGUCAAGGAUUCUGCCGAGCUUCGCUCCGCCAUUGAAGAAGUCCAGCCGGAGAAAGUUAAGUUUCUGCUAAGAGUGGGGCAAAGUAAACCUCUCUACGAUGCUUUUAAAGCUAUUCAAGAUUCUUCUGAUUGGCAAUCACUCAGUGAUGCACGUAAACGCAUAGUGGAAUCCCAAAUAAAAGAAGCGGUACUCAAUGGCGUUUCUCUUGAAGAUGAUAAAAAAGACCAAUUUAACAAAAUUCAACAGGAACUGGAAAAGCUGGCUCAAAAAUUUGACGAGAAUGUAUUGGAUGCGACAAAGAAGUUUGAAAAAUUAAUUACUGACAAGAAAGAAAUUGAAGGAUUGCCAGCUACUGCACUUGGAUUGGCUGCACAGACAGCAGUGUCAAAGGGACAUGAAAAUGCUACUGCUGAGGAUGGGCCCUGGGUGAUAACAUUAGAUGCUCCAAGUUUUCUCUCAGUCAUGCAACAUGCUCGAAAUCGGACUUUGCGUGAGGAAGUCUAUCGUGCUUAUGUGACUCGUGCAUCUAAUGGGGAUCUUGAUAAUACAUCAAUCAUUGACCAAAUUUUGAAGCUUAGGUUGGAAAAGGCUAAGCUUCUAGGUUACAAUAACUAUGCUGAGGUAAGCAUGGCAACCAAAAUGGCAACCGUUGAAAAAGCAGAAGAGCUUCUUGAGAAACUUCGCAGUGCUUCCUGGGAUGCUGCAGUCCAAGAUGUGGAAGACCUAAAAACUUUCUCCAAAAAGCAAGGUGCACUAGAAGCAGAUGAUUUGAACCACUGGGACAUCAACUUUUGGAGUGAAAGGCUUCGUGAAUCAAAGUUUGACAUCAAUGAGGAAGAAUUGCGUCCGUAUUUCUCUUUGCCCAAGGUUAUGAAUGGUCUUUUCAACCUUGCAAAAACGCUGUUUGGAAUUGAAGUUGAGCCGGCUGACGGUCUGGCUCCGGUGUGGAACAAUGAUGUUAAAUUCUACUGUGUCAAAGACUCUUCAGGUAGCCCUAUUGCAUACUUCUAUUUUGAUCCAUAUUCUCGACCGGCCGAGAAAAGAGGUGGUGCAUGGAUGGAUGAGGUUGUUUCUCGAAGUCGUGUCUUGUCACGCAAUGGUACCUCUGCAAGGUUACCUGUGGCCCACAUGGUGUGCAAUCAAACACCACCUGUAGGAAGCAAGCCAAGUCUAAUGACCUUCCGUGAGGUAGAGACUGUCUUCCAUGAAUUUGGUCAUGCACUUCAGCAUAUGCUGACUAAUGAGGAUGAGGGUCUAGUUGCUGGUAUUCGGGGGAUAGAAUGGGAUGCUGUUGAAUUACCCUCACAGUUCAUGGAGAAUUGGUGUUACCAUAGGGAAACUUUGAUGAGCAUAGCAAAACAUUAUGAAACUGGGGAGAGUCUUCCUGAAGGCAUAUAUUUGAAGCUUCUUGCAGCUAGGACUUUCCGUGCUGGCUCCCUAAGUCUCCGUCAGCUAAGAUUUGCAUGUGUUGACUUGGAGCUGCAUACAAAAUAUGUUCCUGGUGGAUCUGAAUCGAUCUAUGACGUUGAUAGGAGGGUUUCUGAAAAAACACAAGUGAUCCCUCCGCUUCCGGAAGACAGAUUCCUUUGCGGCUUCAGCCAUAUAUUUGCAGGUGGAUAUGCAGCUGGAUACUACAGUUACAAGUGGGCUGAGGUGUUGUCGGCUGACGCUUUCUCUGCAUUUGAGGAUGUUGGAUUGGAUGACAGCAAGGCUGUCAAAGAAACGGGAAAAAAGUUCCGAGAAACUAUACUUGCUCUUGGAGGUGGAAAAGCGCCUCUUGAGGUUUUUGUGGCAUUCCGAGGGCGAGAGCCUUCACCAGAGGCAUUACUCAGGCAUAACGGCUUACUAUCGGUUACCGCCUCUGCUUGAGUUGCGAAGGUUCAUGCUACAUCAGGCUGUUAAAAGAAUAUUCACAUUAUGGUCUCUGCACAUGGGUUGAAAGAUAAAAUAUCUCUGCAUGUUUUGGAAGAUCCAUUUAGUUUUAUUUAUAGUUUGAUUUAGCAAACAAAGGAACACACAAACAAUAAAAAACAAAGAAAGAAAGAUAUAUUUGUACCAAUUGCUACCUUGGUCCAUAAAUUCUAGAAAGAUAUAUUUGUACCAAUUGCUACCUUGGUCCAUAAAUUCUUGAAGUUUUAUUGGGAUAAGUGGUUCAUUUUA